AUGAGAAGCAGAUACGGGGAGUUGAACGUUUAUUCGGAACAGACAGGUAACAGGAACAGCGUCAGCGCACGGGUAUACAGAGACACACGAACACGAAUGCUGAAGCGGGGAAAAGACAGACAUAGGGGAGGGAAUGACAGAGGUGAUUGAGUCCAGGAUGGCUGUUAUUGAUGCCGUGCUGGAUCGUCUGCUAGAUGGACUCCUGGGUCUGGGUCGUCUCCUGUCUCCUCUCUGCUCCCUCUUUGUUCUCCUCCAGCUCUCUGCUCUGGUUGUCCUCCUCCUCCUGUCCCUCCGUGUCGUCUGUCUGCUGUGGAGCCAUGCUCAGUUCACCAGACGUCUCCGGUGCUUCAGUAAACCCCCCACACAAAACUGGCUGGUGGGACACCUGGGAGAGAUGCGGAGCACGGAGGAGGGCCUGCAGGCGGUGGAUCAGUUGGUAAGAACCUACAGCCACUCCUGCUCCUGGUUUCUGGGCCCCUUCUACUCCCUGGUACGACUCUUCCACCCUGACUACAUCAAGCCUCUGCUGCUGGCACCAGCUUCCAUCACAGUCAAAGAUGAGCUUUUCUAUGGGUUCCUGAGACCAUGGCUGGGACAGAGUCUUCUCCUGAGUAACGGAGAGGACUGGUCUCGUCGUAGACGUCUACUCACUCCUGCAUUCCACUUCGACAUCCUCAAGAACUAUGUGAAGAUCUUCAACCACUCCUCCAACAUCAUGCAUUCUAAGUGGCGCCGCCUGGUGGCCGAGGGAGAGAGCCGCCAGGACAUGUUCAAUCACAUCAGCCUGAUGACUCUGGACAGUCUGCUCAGAUGUACCUUCAGCUACAACAGCAACUGCCAGGAGAGUUCCAGUGAGUACAUUGCAGCCAUUUUUGAGCUGAGUACCCUGGUGAUCGAGCGGAGAGGACGUAUCCUGCACCACUGGGACUGUCUGUACUGGAGGUCCCCAGAGGGACAGCGCUUCAAACAGGCCUGUAGUGUAGUACACGGGUUCACCAGGACUGUUGUCCAGGAGCGCAGAGCACAGCUUCUCCACCGGGGAGAGCCAGAGAGCCACACUGACACCACAGGAGGGGAGGAGAAGAAGAAGAAGAAAAGAGUAGCAGACUUCAUUGAUUUGUUACUGCUGUCAAAGGAUGAGGAUGGUCAUGGUCUCACAGAUGAGGAGAUAAAAGCAGAGGCAGACACUUUCAUGUUUGGAGGUCAUGACACCACGGCCAGCGGGAUCAGCUGGGUUCUGUAUAACCUGUCUCAGCAUCAGGACCACCAGGACCGCUGUAGAGCCGAGGUCAACGACCUGCUACAAGACCGAAAGACAGAGGACUUAGACUGGAAUGUUCUCUCAUCGGUCCCCUUCACCACCAUGUGUAUUAAAGAGGAGACUGCACUCCCCGUGUCUGCUGUCACCAGACGGGACAUGACGGUGCCAGGUGGACGGGUCAUACCACAGGGUAGCAUCUGUCUGGUGAGCAUCUAUGGGACCCAUCACAACCCUGAGAUCUGGCCUGACCCAGACGUCUACAACCCCAUGCGCUUCGACCCUGAGAACUCAAAGGACCGUUCAUCCCAUGCCUUCAUACCUUUCUCUUCAGGACCUAGGAACUGUAUAGGUCAGAAGUUUGCCAUGGCAGAGCUGCGUGUGGUGGUGGCGCUGACCUUGAGGAGGUUCCGUUUGACCCCAGGGGGGGUGGAGGUGAGGAGGCUACCCCAGCUGGUGCUCAGGGCCGAGGGGGGGCUGUGGCUGACGCUGGAGACCCUAGACGCCCCCCAGGACUAACCCCUGAACUCCUCUCUCCUCUAUGGAUCAGACAUAGAGAAAACUGAUAUUAUGAUUUUACUGUAUAAACAUACGCUGAGUAUACGAAACCUCAAGAACACCUUAACACAGUAAAAUAAAUAGUCCUAAAGCCGACAAAUAAACAAUAAAAAUAAAUAGUCCUAAAGCCUACAAAUAAACAGUAAAAUAAAUAGUCCUAAAGCCGACAAAUAAACAAUAAAAUAAAUAGUCCUAAAGCCUACAAAUAAACAGUAAAAUAAAUAGUCCUAAAGCCGACAAAUAAACAGUAAAAUAAAUAGUCCUAAAGCCGACAAAUAAACAAUAAAAUAAAUAGUCCUAAAGCCUACAAAUAAACAGUAAAAUAAAUAGUCCUAAAGCCGACAAAUAAACAAUAAAAUAAAUAGUCCUAAAGCCGACAAAUAAACAGUAAAAUAAAUAGUCCUAAAGCCUACAAAUAAACAGUAAAAUAAAUAGUCCUAAAGCCGACCAAAUAAACAAUAAAAUAAAUAGUCCUAAAGCCUACAAAUAAACAGUAAAAUAAAUAGUCCUAAAGCCUACAAAUAAACAGUAAAAUAAAUAGUCCUAAAGCCGACAAAUAAACAGUAAAAUAAAUAGUCCUAAAGCCGACAAAUAAACAGUAAAAUAAAUAGUCCUAAAGCCGACAAAUAAACAACAGAAUACAUAGGCCUGAAGCCGACAAAUAAACAGUAAAAUAAAUAGUCCUAAAGCCGACAAAUAAACAGUAAAAUAAAUAGUCCUAAAGCCUACAAAUAAACAGUAAAAUAAAUAGUCCUAAAGCCGACCAAAUAAACAAUAAAAUAAAUAGUCCUAAAGCCGACAAAUAAACAGUAAAAUAAAUAGUCCUAAAGCCUACAAAUAAACAGUAAAAUAAAUAGUCCUAAAGCCGACAAAUAAACAGUAAAAUAAAUAGCCCUAAAGCCGACAAAUAAACAGUAAAAUAAAUAGUCCUAAAGCC